AUGGCUGGCGCUAAAAAAGUUCCAUUUUCUUCAACAGAAGACGAACUUCUCAUUAACGAAGUUCGCAAAUACCCAAACCUGUAUGAUACUGGUUUGGUAGAAUACAGGGACCAUGGACGGACAGAACAAUCGUGGAUAGCAGUGGGCAGUAUUUUAGAAAAAAGAUCGUGGAGGGAAGUAAAAGAUAGAUGGAAGUAUUUACGUGAUCAGUACACCAAAUGCAAACGAUCACAAGUGGGAAGAAGUGGAGAUCCAGCUGUAAAAAAACACAAAUGGAAAUACUUCGAUUUAUUGAACUUCCUGUCUGAUCAUGUCAAACAUAGAGAAACAGAUGGGAACUUAAACAGGUCAACAUGUUCACCAAAAGAAACAUUGCGUGAAGAUAUCAAGGAUAGUGACACUGAUGGGGAGCCAGAUACACAAGCUGAUAAAGAGUCCCUUGAUGAUCCGCAAUCAAAGCCUUCUGCUUCAUGUUCUGCAACUGAUCCACAAACCCAGCGAAAGAAAGUUACUAGUAAACCUAAGGAUACGUGUGUUGAUGAAGCUCUCAUCAGUUAUUUGAAAAAUCGUUCUACAGCUAGAGAACCCGAUAAUGCUGAUACUCUGUUUGGAAAAAUGGUUGGUGCAUCUCUGGAAAAAUUAUCAAAAAGAAACCGAUCUCUGGCUAAACUGAAAAUACAACAAGUCCUGUAUGAAAUGGAAGAGAAAGAUAUGGAAAAUUCAGGUGUUGACAAUAUAUAA